CGCUGCCGGGGAACCCGCCUGCUUGGGCCAGCUGGGCGCUUUGCCUGGUGGCGGGGCGAAUCGCCGAAGGAUGCCUAUUUUGCACCUGCACUCCAUGCUCGAGCUGCUGCCUUUCCUGCUCCUCUUGCUGCUGGUCUUGGCUGUGGGCUUCUUCCUGAUUUACCUCCAGCCACCCGACCCAGAAACCAAAAAGAAUUAAUGAGGGCGGAUUGGGGUGGGACUGGGGGUGGGUGGGUUGCGAUUCUCUCCCAGCUAAAGAUGCGGGUGCUCCGGUCCUGAGAGAGGGGGAAGGCGAAGACCCCAAAGCAGGUAUGAAACAGGACUUUUCAGUUCACAAAGAAGGGCAGACUGUAUGAAUUAGUUGCUCCGAUGAGUAGACACUUUUUGACACUGUCUAUUGCUUUCCUGACCUAGCACCACUGAAACAGAGCAAGAGAUGGGAGACACAGGCAAAGAAGAGUAUAAAAUACAUUCAUUUGAUGUAGAGAUUCAGCAGUUACUGAAAACAGCCCUCAAAGACCCCAGCAGUGUGGACCUGGAGAAAGUGGCCAAUGUAAUUGUGGACCAGUCCCUCAAAGACUGUGUAUUCAGCAAAGAGGCUGGGCGUAUCUGCUACACCAUCAUUCAGGCAGAAAGCAAGCAGGUUGGCCAGAGUGCCUUCCGGCGAAGCCUCCUCAACAGACUGCAGCAGGAAUACAAGGACCGGGACGAAUUGCGAGCCCGCUCCCUCCAGGCCUGGAUCUGCUAUGUCACCUUUAUCUGUAACAUCUUUGAUUACCUGAGGGUAAACAACAUGCCCAUGAUGGCAUUGGUGAACCCAGUGUAUGACUGUCUGUUCCGGCUGGCGCAGCCUGAUAGCUUGCAGAAGGAGGAAGAGGUGGACUGCCUGGUGCUACAGCUGCACCGUAUUGGGGAGCAGCUUGAGAAGAUGAACUCUCAGAGGAUGGACGAGCUCUUUUCCCUCCUAAGAGACGGCUUCCUUCUGCAGGAGGGACUCAGCUCCCUUUCCCAGCUGCUGCUGCUGGAGAUCAUUGAAUUCCGGGCCGCUGACUGGAAGAUGACGGAAGCAGCCCAGAAAUACUAUUACAGCGAGGUCACAGACUGAGCGGGCAAUUGCUGCCCCCUGCUCUUGCUACCCAAAGGCAGGGCUUGAAUUGUCACUCUUGACAUCCUUUCACCAGCAGAUUUUAAACAAACGCUGCAAUUAUUUGAUUAACUUUUUUUCCCUAGCACUUUUUGUAAAUAGGAUGUAUAACGCACUCACUUAGAGCCAAAACACACGUUAAGAAAUACCUAGGUUCAGCACGUGU